AUGGAUCUCUCCAUGAUACUCAGCCCUGCACUCGAGGAAGAGUCGCGCGCGUUGGGGGGUCCACCUCCGCGCGAGUCCAACCGCAAUUGGAGUGCUGAUGAGCUCCAGUGUGCCGUGGCAAUCCUCCAGGACUUUCAACAGCCGUGUGACGAGCCCCCUGAGGAUGCUCAGCACGGCAUUCGUGGCAAAAGUGACGCCAAAAACCCUUUUCCUACGCGUGAACAAGAGGAAGGGGGCAAUGCUAUUAAGCGGAGCAUCGCUUGCUCAGACGAUGACAUCCGAGCGGCAGCUGGCCGUGAAGAUGGAACGAAAAUUAAAAAGGGACAAGGCAUGCAGCAACUGGUCCUUACGGACACCAUGUCAAAGCUGGAUCUACUGGUCCAAGCAGAUGCCGUCAUCGAGCAUCACCACCCAAAGCUUUCGUCAUCACUUGCUGACGAAAAGUCCGAACAACUGCGCAGUGGAGUGUGGUCUCGCGCCGAGGAAAAGUACGCCGCCAGACUUGUCGCGUACUUCUUGGAAGGGCUUUUGGACUUGCCAGAGGGUAUAACUCUUCGCAAGUAUGUCGCUGAGAAGCUCCACUGCAAUCGACGUCGUGUCUCGAUGAAGCUAGGAACAGGAUUGUUAGCAGGUCAGAAACUUCCGAGGAAAGUUGGUGCCUCAGUAUUUGUUGCUGCUGAUCCUCCUCCAAGUGAUAAGCAACGACACGAAAUCGCGAACGUGCUAGAAGAGCUUCGUCGGGCUAGCCUCAACUCUGGACCAUGGAACAGCGUUCACAACGACGACGACGGCGACGGCCAUGGUCAUUUACAGCGCAGACUGUUCGAGCUGCAUCAAGAAAAUAAAGACGACAGUGCUAUCCGUCGUCUUAAAAAAAUCAUGCAUCAUGCUAGCAUGAAAAAGUCAGCGUUCAAGUCCAAACGCUGCAAGCCUAGGAUCAUCCGUACGGGCUUUGAGUCUCCUGAAGAAGAAGAGUUUGUCACUACCAUGUUCGAGUUCUUUAUGGAUGGGUCGCUGGACCUACCCGAGGGUACAAAGCUCGUGCGUUACCUGUGUCAGCAGUUGGGCUGUACACCGAUGCAGUUGUCCAUGAAAUUAGCGCCGCGGCGCAUGGGUGAGCGCAAGUUCCCCGAUAAUGUCGGUCAUAUCCGAUAUUUGCGCAAGGUAGCAGGAGGUGCCUCACGCGAUAGCUCGGACAACGAUGAUGUUUCUGAAGAGAUUUUCGAAGUGGAAAGUCGCAUUACUGAGCUGCGUCUAGCCCAUGAGGAAGCCCACAAGAAUGCUUCUCCUCCAGUAGCACUGCCCAUUAAGUGUGAGCGCAAGAUCAGCACGGCUAGUGUGUCUAGCACGGGGACUGCUAGUGUGGCUAGUACGCGAAGUGACAGUCCUGCGCGCUCCUUCCGGCGCAGUGGACCGUGGUCUCAAGAUGAAGAGGUGUACGCGGCGGCGCUUAUUGAUUUCUUUUUCAAGGGGGUGCUAAAGAUCGCUGAAGGUACUACGCUUCGUGCUUUUCUGUCAUCGCGACUGUGCUGUAAUCCCAUGCGCAUUUCCAAGAAGCUCGCAAGUGAGUGUAUUGCCGAGAUACGCAUCCCGAAAAAGUUAGGAAGUUCCGCUUACGUGCGUAAUGACGAAGUGUCCCCUAAGGAGCAAGAUGAGGCGGAAGUGGUUCUGCGUGGCCUACAGCGUGUGUACAUGUACUCGAGUACAGCUAAGAGGGACAGCGUCUCGGGCUCCAAGCGCCCACGUCAAUCUCGUGGCCCUCUUUCUCAACAAGUGACUACCACGAUUGGUAUAGACUCUGACACCGCUGGGUUGGAGUCCGAUUCACAUUGUGUGGUAGCCUCGUACGCUUGCGAAAGAAGUCCCAUGAAGUUUCAGAAGACAGCAAAGAUACACACUCCAGCCCAAGAAGAGCGAAAGCGAUACGUUAAUGUGCCCCACGGUCCCGCGCUUGUAGUACCGGCGCUGCUUAAGGAACAACUGGCUUAG